AUGCUCAGUAAUGUUUCUUUAUUUCUUUUAAAGCAGCAGCAAAGCCGCCUGAUUCGUAGAAGCCGGGAGCAGAACUUCCUCGGCUGGGCCAGGUGAGAGAGCGGGGAGCCCUGUUUCCAUGGCAGCCGGUGCUUGGGUUGCGCAUGGUGCCAGAUUUGUGGGCAAAGGAGGACGCUAGUUCAGGGCUCUUGGGCAAUGAAUAGGGCGAGGUUAUUGCUUUGCUAUGCCAUGGUCCGAGGGACUGGUCAUCUGUAACAAUGCAGUCCUUAACUGUCUUCUAAGGAGUGCAUGAUGCCCUGCAGAGGGAGGAAUGCCCUCAAGCAAUGGUGUUUCUUUUUUAAAACAACAGCAAUGGUGUUUUCAUAUUGGUUCAAGACAGUCCAGGAAGACAGUUUGUGUGCAAAAUGCAAAACUGCAGCUGUCCGUCUUAUUGCCUCCUUUAGUUAUGGCUGGUGGAGUGAAAGUCACAAAGUGGUUUGUCCGCUUCUUUUUCAGGCUGAAGGGCUGUGGUUUGGUUUGGUUUGGUUUUCAAAGGCAGAGGAGAAGGAAAGGGAGUGGUAGAAGUGCCGUGUGCAAGAAGUUGUUGAAUCUUGAGGGUGAUUUCAUGAAGUUCUUUGAAAGCGCAAACACUUAGGGGCCCAAAGAAGCAAUGGACACUCUGCCUUUGAAAUGUGAAAGUCAGCAGUUUAGAUAGAGAGAUAAGAUAGUCAUUUGGAUUUAUAGCCCACCCUUCACCUCAAGGUUCCUGCAACUCAGUAACAGCAAGAUCUUAUAGCACUAUCUCCCUCUUGCCCAAGACCUGGGCAAAGAUGUGUAUUUGAACCAAGCCACAGUGAACAAUGAUGGCACUAGAUGUUUGUUGGCAGGGAGGAACCACCGCCGAGAAAGUCAUGUUAUGGGUGUUCAUCCUGCAGGCCUUAGAAGGCAGCCAGCACUGCUAAUAGCACCUAUUAUAAUAUCCAGGCAGGUGCGUAUGGAAGGAGUCCUCUCUCCUUCAGAUAUUUGGGACCACAUGACUGGGCUCCACCUAUACCUGUGGUGGUAUCAUCUUGUCCCCGUCUAUUGAAUAUCUGUCUAAUAUCUACGUGAAUCCAUUGAGAGUAGCCAUGAGGGAAUUCUGAGCAAGGUGUCAUUAGUACAUUAAUGAUACUCAGUUCUAUUUCUCUGUAACGUCUGAAUUAGGAAUACUGGUUCUGGCCAGGAUCCUGUUUCAUCCAGUGACCAACCAGAUGUAUCCAAGAUGCCCACAAGCAGAGCAUAAAGGGCAACAGCCUUUUCCUUUCCUUUCCCUCCUCCAGCAGCUUCCAUUAUUGUGGAAGUGAAUGCCAUAUGCAUUUACUUACUGCAUCAUUAAAUCCAUAUAGGAUUCCCAGAACAUAGGCUCUCUAGGGUGGCUUACAAAACAAAUACAGUCAUACCUCAUGUUAUGUUUGUUUCAUGUUAUGUUUUUUCAGGUUGCGUCCUGCGGCAACCCGGAAGUACCGGAAAGGGUUACUUCCGGGUUUCGCUGCUCGCGCAUGCACACAAGCACCAAAUCGCGCUGCGCAGAUAUGGCGCUUCAGGUUGCGGGCUUUUCAUGUUGCGAACGGGCCUCCGGAACGGAUCCUGUUCGCAACCAGAAGUACCACUGUACAGCCAUUAAAAGCAAUAAGAGCUUUUAAAAACUAAAAAUUCAGUCAUGAGGCAAGGUACAGUAUGUGCUGUUGGGGGGCUGUUUAUUUGUUUUGUUGCUGAAUGUUUGCCAAAACUGCAUACUGUUUUUGAAAAAAACAAUAGAAAGUUCUCUCUGUCCUGGACUCUGUCUGUAAGGGUUAAGAGAAGGCUACUCAACAUCUGCUUAUUUUCCUGUCACAACCAGGGCUCUUCUCUUUCUUGGACUCCACCCCAACCGCUCUAUGGCAGCCCAGAAGAAACUGCAGGGUGUGGUGGCAGCCACUGUCACGCCAAUGACUCCGGAUGGGUAACUAUCUCCUUGGCCUUCAAAGCAACGGCAGUAAGGUUUGAUGGGCUCUUAAAUAAAUCACAGGCACAGAUCAUGAUUCGUUUUAUCAUAUCCUUCAUUGCCUAUCUGCACAUGUCUUGCAACAGAAAGGGGGAAAUUGGAUUUAAAAUGGCAAUAAUUAACCAGUGUGUUGGGUCUUGCCAUCAAAUUUUAGAGCACAACUUCUCUGCAACUACAAAAUACUAAGUUUUUGUCCCUCUUGAGCAGAUGGCUUGGCUCACUUGCUUGAGGUAUCUGUUUGCACUUCUUCAGAGGCAGUGUGCUGCUUAUUUCCACCUGGACUGCUAUCUCUUCCUUUCCCAUACUGCUGCCUCCCCUUCUUUAAAUUCCUCAGAGCAAGGACCUCUAGUGUGUGUGAAAUACAUAACUUACAAAGUUACUCUGUAUGGCUCUGUGUACCUGGAUACCAGAAUUCAAAGACCCACUCCACUAGGGCAUGGCUAAGGCUGAUGGGACUUGGAUUCAGAAACACCUUGAGGGCUCUUGGAUGGCUGACCUAAGGAGUCACCAUUUCUCUAUUGCAACCACUUUUGAAAUGGAGAGGUGUUUCUAAAGCAAUUUGUGAAGUGGCACUGUGACCUGCUGUUCCGAGGAGAGGGAACCCAACACCCCAAAGGUUGUACACAGUCCCUUGGAGAUGCCUGGAGUUCCUCUUUAGCUCCUCACCCAAGUGGGCUCCUUUGUAAGAUGUGGAGGAUCCUGAUCUGGAGCAGGUGUUUGGAUCCAAUCCUUUGCAGAUACCGUAUUUUUUGCACCAUAACACUCACUUUUUUUCUCCCAGAAAGUAAGGGGAAAUGUCUGUGCGUGUUAUGGAGGGAAUGCCUACGGGUGGCGGGGGGGGAUCUGCUGCAGUUGUGAGCAGAGGAUCCAUGGUUCCCCUUCCUUCCCUUCUCCGUGGCUCGCUUUGAAACAGCAAAGCGGGAGAUGAGCCGCUGAGUGGGGAGGAGAGAGGGACAGAGAGCCUGCUUCUUUAAAGGAGCAAAGCGAGUGUAAGCAGCUCCUGUCCGGUUGGUUCCUUUAAAGCAAGCAGGCUCUCUGUCCCUCUCUCCUCCCCACUCAGCUCGCUACAUAGCAGCAAAGUUUUUCAGCUCGCUAAGCCGGGGAUGAGCGGGGAGGAGGGAGAAAAGCAGAGCCUGCUUGCUUUAAAGGAGCAAAGCGGGAGAGGAGAGGAGCCUUCUCCCCUUAAGCCCCUCUCCUGCAUUAUUAGUAGCAUCCUUCUCCACCCACCCCACGCAUGUUCCUUCUCCCCUUAAACCCCUCUUCUGCAUUAUUAGCAGCAUCCUUCUCCACCCACCCCACGCAUGUUCCUUCUCACCUUAAACCCCUCUUCUGCAUUAUUAGCAGCAUCCUUCUCCACCCACCCCACGCAUGUUCCUUCUCACCUUAAACCCCUCUUCUGCAUUAUUAGCAGCAUCCUUCUCCGUACACCCCACGCGUGCUCCUUGUCCCUUGAGUGCUUUUCCUUCCCUCCCCACUUAAAACGUGGUUACAAAGCACGGAUCCACAUGGAUCCUCAGGAUUUUUGCACUGGGUCACCCCAAAUUCACCAUCAGAUCACAUAGCAUGUCCAUGGCUACAUCUUGCACCAAAGAAAUCAUGCACCCACUGUUGCCUGGGGCUGCAGUGGUGCAAAAACGUGGUUACAAAGCAUGGAUCCACAUGGAUCCUCAGGAUUUUUGCAUUGGGCUACUCCAAACUCACUGUCAGAUCACAUGUCUGUGGCCACAGCAUGAACCACAAAAAUCAUACAUCCACUGUUUCGUUUAGAAUAUUUUUUUUCUUGUUUUCCUCCUCUAAAAACUACGUGCGUGUUAUGGUCGGGUGCGUGUUAUAGAGCGAAAAAUACGGUAUAUUAUUCUAGUGUAGAGUAGACUAGGAGUGGGCAGUCUGCCUCCCUGCAUUAUCCAGUUUCUAGUGGCCAACCCAAUGUAUGCUGGUUGCUGGAAUUCUUGCAAAUAGUGCUGGACUGAGUAGACCUUGGUCUGAUCCUCUCAUCCGUUCUUAAGCAGCCAUGCAUGCUUGGGCAGUCAUUGAACACAGAUUAGUUAAACCUUAACUGUUAAGAUUGUAUAGUUAGGAUCUCUUGCCUGGUAGGGGAGAUGACAGGCGUUCAACAGAGUCAGCAAACACUCCCUGCCUGGUGAAUUCAGGAAACUGCCUGCCUAUUUAAUCAAUGGGAAAAUCACAAUUCUCACUUCCACCUAAAGUUCAGAAGGACCAGUCGCUCCCUUUAAUGUAGAUUUUGAUUGUAUCCAUGAAUUUUUUAUAUAUAUUUUAAAAAUCAUACUGAAUAUGCUUUUUAUGAUGUACAUUGCUUAGAAAUUUUAUAAAUAUUAAGCAGUUUAUAAAUACUUCUAGAUUAAAUGCAAUAAAUAUGAAUAUAAAACCGUGGUAGUUCUAGUAAGAAGAAAAAAAAGUGGACUAUAGAAGGGUGAAAUUGGCCCACCAUUGGAAUAAACCAUAAUGGUAGCCCCCCCCUGCCCCAUUUAACAAAAGAAAACUAAAUUUUAAAAAACAGACUCUUGCUUAUUCCUGUGCUGCCUCUCUGGCUCCUGGAGCCCAGUGCAACCUGACAAGCUUAAGAUUAAGAGCUGAACAGGACUACUCAGAGUUUAUCAGGAAGGAAAAACAGUGUUGUUGGUCAGCCAUUCUCUUUUCAAGAAUGUGACCCAUCUUCACAGAUCACUAGUUUGCUUCUGUCAGCAAGGGGUGAGGCACUUAUUAACAACGUUGACCUUGGUACAAACAAGUGAGGUGACCUUGGAGCCAGACACCCUGUGGCAACGAUGCCUUGGCCCAGGACUUCCUCCUGCUCCUGUGGCCGUGCAAAUGCCUUUCAAAGAGGCAGGAUGGACUUCCCUGAAUGUUCAUGGGCCAUGGCCUGGGGCUUCUUCCAAGGGGGACGGGGUGGGAAAUGGGAAAACAGAUGGGCUUCCCUGUUUGGUUUGCUGCUUGCUCUGUAUCCAGAAGCCCCACUUGGACCGGCAGCUAGACAGAACAGAGUUUCCGAGCCCUCUGCUCUUGGCAAAACCUGGUGACGUCAGACAGACGGUGUUUUCCUGCUGCUCCCAUUCGGAGUUGGAAAGCUAUCCAGAGAGAGCAGGGGGAAAACAGGAACAAGGAGGGACAACAGCUUUUGCAGCCUGCAAAACAUGGUUGAACGUUUUCAUGCUCUGGGCUCUCCUUUCUUUGGCUUUCUGGUUUCUGUUUUUGUGUCAUUUGUGAAAACACCAGAAAAACUGUGAAUGGAAACAAAAUUAAUAUGGCAUUAGCAUCCUGCACAGAGUGAUGACUUUUAUCAUAUGAUUCUAUGAUCUGUCUGGCGAGGGAAGAUUGGUUGUUCAGGUUCAGUUUUCAUGUGUACCUGCCUGGCACUUCACAUUCUGGGUUUUUCUUUUCAGUUACGGAUAUAGGUGAUCAUGCUUCCUGUCUUGUGUUCCUUUCUUCAGAGAAAUCAACCUCUCUGUGAUUGGCCAAUAUGUGGACUACCUGAUAAAUGAGCAAGGUGUGAAGAAUGUCUUUGGUAAGAUAUGGCUUAUGAGACCAUUUGCUUUUGUGUGGACUGUCUCCUACACACAAAGGGCUAUCAUUUCAGCCCCAGACAUCUAAGAUGACACAAUAUGUCGUGAUAACUUUAUAUUACCUUCAGGAUUAGAAUACCACGCCUCUGAAUGUGUCAGUUUGGGGAGCAACAGCAGAAGAGUGCUGUUGUACUCUAGGCUUUUCAGAGGCAUAGAAUUGUACAGGUGAAAGGGACCCCAAGUGUCAUCUAGUCCAGCCCCCUCCACUGUAGGAAGGCAUCUGAUUGGCCACUAUGGGAAAUGGGAUGCUGACCCUUGCUCUGAUUUGAUGCAGCAGAGCUCUUCAUAUCAAAAGAGUCUAUGCACAGUCUGGUAGAUAACUUGGCUGCCCAUAUUCACUCCAGGGAGGCCUAUGACAACUGAAAUGGCUAAUUUAUUGUUGCAGUGUGUGGUUUUUGUAGGUACUUGUUUCUGAAACAGAGCCUUCUCCAUGGAAGUUUCUGCUGUGAGAAGUCCCAUGUGCAUGCUUCCCCCAAAGAAUUGUGGGAACUGUAGUUAACUGUGCUGAGAGUUGUUAGGAAACCCUUAUUCCGCCUCACAGAGCUACAAUUCCCAGAGUUCCCUGGGAAGAGAGAUUGGUUUUUUUAAACCUCUCUGUGAACUUUAGCCCUUGUACCAUGGGCCAACAGAUCUGACCCAGUAUAAGGCACAAGGCUGGACCAAGACAUUUUGGCCCCUGCAGUAAACCACAAAAUGGCGCCCACCCCACCCCUCCAGGGAAGAAGGGGUGAGCAAAGAUCUACAUCAGGAACAGGGGGGGAUUAAAGAUCUACAUUGAGCUAGAUGGUGGGAGGAGAUCAGCAGUGCCUCCUAUUGGCCAAGAGGCCGCUGUAGAGGUGGCAUGGGGUGUGCUGCUGCCGCCACCGCUAAUACAUUCCUUGGAGGCCAGAACUGCUGCCCCUGUGGGUUCACCUGCCUGAGGCAGUCGCUUCACCUUUCCUCAUGAGUGGGCUGGCCCUGAUAAGGCAGCUUGCUAUGUUCCUGCAACGCACCCCACGAGGCUGCUCAUGGGGUCCCUGCCAUGGGAGCAUAUUCACCCAGUGCUUUUCCAGCUGCACUGCCUCCCGGUGGAGUACAGGGUCAGAUUUAAGGUGCUGCUUUUGACCUUUAAAGCCCUUCACAGCCUAGGCCCCUCGUACCUACGGGACUGCCUCUCCUGGUAUGCCCCACGGAGAGCCUCAAGGUCCAUAAAUAGCAACACCCUAGUGGUCACGGGCCCUAAGGAAGUUAGAUUGGCUUCAACCAGAGCCAGGGCCUUUUCAACACUGGCCCCGGCCUGGUGGAACGCUCUGUCUCCUGAGACCAGGGCCCUGCGGGAUCUGAUUUCUCCAUGCAGGGCCUGUAAGACAGAGUUGUUCCACCUGGCCUUUGGCUUGGAGCCAAUUUGAUUCCCUCCCCCUCUUUCUUUUUUCUUUCUCCUCCUGUGAAGAGGCUGCAUCCUAAUGUUUUAAUGUUGUAUCUUAAUCUUUUAAAUUGUAUUUUAAUCCACUUGUUUUUAUUAUUGGUUGUUAGCCGCCCUGAGCCCUGAGUCUUGGCUGGGGCGGGCGGGGUAUAAAUAAAAAUUUAUUAUUUGUUAUUAUUAUUAGCUGUGAAGCAAGGCUUCCUGCAAACAUGCUGAAGUAAUCAUUCCCCCUGCAAAAAAAAAAAUAAAAAUAAAAAUCUCUUCUUUCUAUGUGUGCAAAUACUUCCAUUUUUUCCUUUUUUGGUCACAGUAAAUGGAACUACAGGAGAAGGCCUGUCCCUGAGCGUUCAGGAGAGGAAGCAGCUGGCCGAAGAGUGGGUGACGAAGGGCAAAGAUAAGUGAGUAACUCGGGGAGAGGGCAGAUUGGUGUGUUUCAUGGAAAUCACUGCUAAGCAAAGACAGUUGAUUGUGAAAUCUGUGUUCUGUUUCCUUCCUUUUUUCCCCCUUUAAAGGCCAGGGAGAGGGGAACAGUUUUUCUUUUUUUUUUCUUUUUUUAAAUAAUUUUUAUUAAAGUUUAAAACAACAUAACACAAAAAAAAACAGAAAAACUCACAUAAAAAUAAUACAAAACUUAACAAUAAAAACACAAAACACAACAAUUAAAAACAAACUCUCUUUUCCAUAUCCAAUUUUACGUGACUUAUUUUCUAGACUUCCUCAAACCUCCCUCCUUUGUAUUCCAGUCCACAUUGUUUGUUCAGCAAUUUCUUUUCCACUUUUUUUUUUUAAUCCCAAUCUUUAAUUUAAUAAAAUGUUAAAAUAUAUAACUUCAAUUUUUUUAAAACCUAAUCCUUGGUCUUAAUAUCAUAUAACUUUAAAGUUUCCCCUUUUAAUAUCAAAUUUCCAUAACUUUAACCUGUGCAGCUGGAAACCACUUGUUUUCAGUCCAACAUCACUCUAACAUUCCUUAAUUUUGCAAUGUUUCUGAAGAUAGUCUUUGAAUUUCUUCCAAUCUUCCUCCAUCGACUCUUCUCCCUGGUCACGGAUUCUACCAGUCAUUUCAGCCAGUUCCAUAUAGUCCAUAAGUUUCAUCUGCCAUUCCUCCAGCAUGGGAAGUUCUUGUGUCUUCCAAUACUUUGCGAUGAGUAUUCUUGCUGCUGUUGUUGCAUACAUAGGGAGAGGGGAACAGUUUUUCAAGACUACUGUUGAAAGUAACAAGCUGCAGUAUGUUAAUGUCUGUCUCUCAUCUCCAGCAGAUUUCUUUAUUUCUUCUCAUUGCUCAAAGAAAACAAGGAAAAUAAAAGUGGAUAUUUAUCGGAGGAGAGCUGUCUGUCUUGUUUGUGUCUAUACCAUUCCUUGCAGGCUGAAAAUAAGGAUGGAGAGGCGGGAUAUGGGGAAAGAGAGAGUGUUGUUUCUUUAAGACAGAACGCUUGGGCUGCGAUGAUGCUGGUUCAGAGAUGAAAGAAUAGCUUUACCUUUUAUGACAGUGGAACAGAUUUCCUCAGAAGGUGGUGGACUCUCCUUCCUUGGAGGUUUUUAAAGCAAAGGUUGUAUGACUAUGCAUCUAGCUGAGAUUCCUCCAUUGCAGGGGGUUGGACUAGAUGACCCUUGGGGUCCCUUCCAAUUCUACAAUUCUAUGAUUCUAUGUAUGAAUUAUGUAGAAAUCACUGGAGGGCAGAGCACACAGAGCAUGAAAGCUUUAAAAAAUCCUAUUCCUUCUACUUGCAGAUGUUAACUUCGUAAUACUAACAGUCUGUGGAUAUAUUGGUUUCUGCUUUUAAAGAUUAAUCUCCCCUUCAAAAAGCUUGCUAAAAGCGAUUUCAAAUGGCUUUGAUGCAGCCCCCUUUCAUUCUCUUUUUAAUUUGCUACCUUGACUACUGCUUAAACUUUAAAUAGCUGUAAUCCUCUGAUUCUAUAAGAGCGCGUGGAUGUGACCUGUAAAGCAGCUGUGAGUAGGCCAAAUAAUAAUUUUUACCAUUCCACAGUUUGCUGGCAUAGAUAGCAUCUGCCAACGGUGAUGCUUUGUAUGGUGGUGACGUUCCAUAGCCAGAGUCCUUGUGUUUCUGAAUGCCAGUGGCUGGGAAGCCCAGUGGGGAGAGGGCUGUGGAGCUCAGGUGAGGCACCUGGCCGGCCGCAGUGAGAGCAGGACGCUUGACCGCGUGGAUGGGCCAUUGGCCUGACCCGGCAGAGCUCUUUUCAUGGUCCUGUGACUCCUGGCUUUCCCACUGAAUAUCAUACAUUCUUUUUUCUUAAUUGGUGUUCUCUUAUGAAUAUUUAUAGUACUUUAUGUAAACCACUUAAGAUAUUUAUUUUUGAUUAAGCUGGCUUUAAAUCUUGCUAAGUGAAGGCACAAAUCUUCAGAGAAGAGUUUCUGGGGCACUCCGGGGGGGGGGGGAUGUGACUCAACAUCCUCCUUUUCCCCUGCAAAUAAUAAUUUUUACCAUUCCACAGUUUGCUGGCAUAGGUAGCAUCUGCCAACGGUGAUGCUUUGUAUGGUGGUGAUGUUCCACCUCCACAGCCAGAGUCCUUGUGUCUCUUAAUCUUGUGCCUACAGAUUUUGACUGCGUUCUACUUUUGCUCUGUGUUCUAUUUUGCUGUUCAUCUUUUUGAAAUACCUGCAUUUCUGCAUAAAUAUGCCUCUUCACUGGACUAAAUGGCCAAUAUCCCUGUGUUGCACGUUGUCACAUGUGAUGAACACACGUCUGUAUGCGGAUGUGUGUGCGCUGAGAGGCUAACUGCACAUUAAGUCCCAAUGCUCUCCUCCUCCUCCUCCUCCUCCUCCUCUUCUUCUUCUUCAAGUUGCUUUAGAACAGAUCAUUUGAAAGCAAGUGAAAGACUAUCAAGGGAGAGGGAAAGCUGUGGAGCAGUUUGGAUUGGAGAUGUCUGAGGAAGGAAUCAAGUGUCCUGUUCUGCUUUUCUGUUAAUUCUUAAUUGCCUCUCAGCAAAGCAGAUUUUCUGUUCCAAGAUAUUAGAUCAGGAGGACCUUUUCAAGCCGAGAGGCUGCUUUCCCUCACACUCUCUAUCCUCCACUCAGGCAAGCAAGCAGCAUCGUCAUGGCUCGGGGGCACAUCCCACCCUGGCAAAAAUAGCUGGAGACAACGCGGCUGAGACCUUGUGCAACCUCUGGGUCUGUGUUUCCCCACCCUGAUAGAGAGACAUACAUGCACAUGUACAAAUACAUGGACCUGGUUUUAAUACAUGAGUUUGUCCUCGACAAGGUUGCAGUUAAAUAGAUAUUAUGAAAUGCUUGCACUGCAGACUAUCAGCAAUAAGAAGAACACACACACAUACACACACACUUUCCUCUUUUCUUUUUUGCAGACUAGAUUACGUGAUUAUUCAUGUUGGCGCACUCAGUUUACCAGAAGCAAGGGGACUGGUGAGUGUGUGUUUUUAAUAUAAUAAUAAUAAUUAUUAUUAUUAUUAUUAUUUAUUUAUACCUCGGCGGCUUCCAAAAAAAUAUUUAAAUACUACAAUACAUCAAACAUUAAAAGCCUCCCUAAACAGGGCUGCCUUUAGAUGUCUUCUAAAAGUCUGGUAGCUGUUCUCUUUGACAUCUGGUGGGAGGGCGUUCCACAGGGAGGGUGCCACUACCGAGAAGGCCCUCUGCCUGGUUCCCUGUAACUUGGCUUCUUGCAGCGAGGGAACCGCCAGAAGGCCCUCAGUGCUGGACCUCAGUGUCCGGGUAGAACAAUGGGGGUGGAGACGCUCCUUCAGAUAUACUGGACUGAGGCCGUUUAGGGCUUUAAAGGUCAGCACCAAUACUUUGAAUUGUGCUCGGAAACGUACUGGGAUCCAACGUAGGUUUUUAAAGACUGGUGUCUCGGCGGCCGCUCCCAGUCAGCAGUCUGGCUGCCGCGUUCUGGAUUAGUUGUACUUUCCGGGUCACCUUCAAAGGUAGCCCCACAUAGAGCGCAUUGUAGUAGUCCAAGCGGGAGAUAACUAGAGCAUGCACCACUCUGGCGAGACAGUCCACGGGCAGGUAGGGUCUCAGCCUGCGUACCAGAUGGAGCUGGUAAACAGCUGCCCUGGACACGGAUUUGACCUGUGCCUCCAUGGACAGCUGUGAGUCCAAAAUGACUCCCAGGCUGCGCACCUGGUCCUUCAGGGGCACAGUUACCCCAUUCAGGACCAGGGAAUCCUCCACACCUGCCCGCCUCCUGUCCCCCAAAAACAGUACUUCUGUCUUGUCAGGAUUCAAUCUCAAUCUGUUAGCCGUCAUCCAUCCAACCGCCUCCAGACACUCACACAGGACCUUCACCGCCUUCACUGGUUCUGAUUUAAAAUAGAGGUAGAGCUGGGUAUCAUCCGCAUACUGAUGAACACCCAGCCCAGACCGCCUGAUGAUCUCUCCCAGCGGCUGCAUGUAGAUGUUGAAAAGCAUGGGGGAGAGGACAGAGCCCUGAGGCACCCCACAAGUAAGAGGCCAGGGGCCUGAACACUCAUCCCCCACCACCACUUUCUGAACGUGGCCCAGGAGGAAGGAGCGGAACCACUGUAUAACAGUGCCCCCAGCUCCCAGCCCCUCUAGAUGGUCCAGAAGGAUGUUGUGGUUGAUGGUAUCAAACGCCGCUGAGAGAUCCAGCAGAACUAGGAAACAGCUCUCACCUUUGUCCCUAGCGCGUCGGAGAUCAUCAACCAGUGCGACCAAGGCAGUUUCAGUCCCAUGAUGAGGCCUGAAUCCUGACAGGAAGGGAUCCAAAUGUAUUUCCCCCCCUGUUUUUAUCCUACAUGAAUGCUGGCUGCACAAGGAGAAAGUCCCGCCUACAUUUAUUUGUUCAUUGCAUUUAUAUCCCGCCUUCCCUCCAAGGAGCUCAAGGUGGCAUACUAUAUAUAAUUCUCCUCCUGCACAUUUUAUCAUCACAACAGCCCUGUGAGGGAGGUUAGGCCGAGUGUGAAUGAAUGGCUUAAGGCUACCCAAUGGCAGUGAGCUUUAUGGCUGGGUGGGGAUUUGAACCCUGGUCUCCCACAUCCUAGUCCAACACUCUAACCAUUAUGCCACAUUGGCUCCCUUCCUGUCAGUGCAGGGUUGAGAAGCUACACUUGCUGAAAUUCCGCCUCCUAUGAAGGAUAGCAGGUCUUCUGGUCCCUCUAAAGCAGCCUCUCCCAACCUGGUACUCUCCAGAUGUUGUUGGACUACAACUCCCAUCAUCCCUGACCAUGGGCCACGUGGGCUUGACAUGAUGGAAGUUGGAGUCUGACAUCAGUUGCAGAGCGCCAGGUUCAGGGAAGCAGCUUUAGGGAGAAAAUAAGGUGAGUGUAUGUUUGCAACAAAUUAAGUGGGUUCCGGCUAUUUAAAAAAUAAAGUGUUAUUUGCAUUGCAGAUACUUGGAGUAGCUGAUUGUUAACAUGUGAUCACUGCAGAUGAUCAAGACACAUAAAGCCCACCAAAAUAAUUGCUUUGCAAUCAGAAUAUCUCCUCCUCAAAACUAUAGAAACAAUACCAUCGGGAGAUCCAGUUAUAUUUGUAUAUCUAACUCUAGCUGGGGAAUUCUCAUGUAAUUGGGGAAUAGACAAGUGAUCUGUUCCUUUUCUAGCACUUGCGUGAUGGUGCCAAUCUCUAUGGAUAUAAUUUCUUCCUUUUCAGGCUAAGCAUGCAGCAGAAAUAGGAGCGGAUGGCAUAGCUGUCAUCACCCCCUCUUUCUUCAAACAGGUGAAGAAAGGUGAGGAGGCAGGUCCCACUGUAUUAUUUCCCCUCUUUCCAUCCACAUCCCAGGCAGGUCUUCAGUACUGUGAAGAACAAUGUUGUUGGGAUGUGCAGCGGUAAAGCCAGAGGAUGUGAGCUGUUUCUGUUAACUGCUGCAUAAUCAAUGCCUUGGCCGUUACUUUUCAAUUUACAUUCCCUCUUUGUAUACUAUGGGAGUGUAGAAAAGCCACAAAAUGUGGCAUUGGGGGCAAGUUCACCUUCCUGUGGAUCUCUGCUUCCAUUUGAAAAGGAAAGAAACCAACUUUGCAAUCCUUGUGACUUGGAAGACACAAAUUAAAAUGAUCAGGUACUGGACCUUGUAAAAUCUCAGAAGCCAGAGUGGGGGCUGAAUAAGAAUUCCAGUGACCAGGAGGUGAGGCUCCAGUGCCUUCCGUAGCUCAUUGCCUCUCCUCUUGACUGACAGAGACAGAAUAAAUUACGCAAGAUGAGCAUGAUAAAUUAUACAAAUUUGCAUAAUUUAUAUAGGCUGCAAAAGCCCAUUUUUCUUUGUACAGAUUUCAGGUUACCUUAGCCAGAAUGUUUUGGGGGAGUGUGUGUGUUUUCUUUGAGUGCAGAGUAUGCCCAUCCAUGAAUAUAGAGGAAGAUAAAGGUAAAGGCUGUAGGUCCACCUCUGCGUACCAGGCAGAAGGAGGCAUCUAAGCUUUGAACAUACUUGGUUAAUCUCCUGGGAAGUUUUCUACUUUUAUGGAGCCUGGACUUGCAUCUCACAAUUCACAAAUAAUGAAGAUACAGGUCUGCAGUCUUUUUGUUCUUGAAUCUUCCUGCAUACAUAUUCUGUGCUCAUUUGAGAUGCUACCAUCAUUUAUCCUCACUGACAUGAAUCAGAUCUGGUGGUUUGGGAAUCCCAGAUGAAAGCCUGGAACAAUCCUUUUCUCCUUUUUGGGCUCUCCACCUCCAGCCACGUAUUUACAAUUGGCAACCGAGCUGGGAAGAUGAAGACCCAGAUGAAUUAGUGACUACAGCACCCCUUCAAGAGUGGAUUUUAAACUCUCUGUGUGUUGGAUGGUGGGGGGAUAGUUGUGCAGGCAGUUUGGGGUUGCUGCUUGCAUGUCACAUAGGCCUACAUUGCACAUGAGCUGUGCUCUUCAAAAUUACCCAGGUUUUCAAUUGCUUUCCUUGUCUUCUCUUAUUUAGAUGCUCUAGUUGCCUUCUUGCGGGAUGUUGCAUCUGAAGCCCCAGGCAUCCCAUUCUAUUAUUACCACAUCCCUCCCCUGACUGGUAUAAAAAGUAAGUGUUACUCGUCUAGACCAUCCUAAUUACAUCUCAGGGAAAAGCUGGACUCAGCAGCUCUUUCUGUGUAUGUUUGGUGCUUAACUAAUUUAGGCAAAUGUCAAAUGCAUAGGAUUGUGCUUCAGAAUGUAGUGGUGGUCAAGAUAGCCCCAGAUCUAUUGUACUAGUAGAGACAUGGUCUAAGGAGCAUUGUUGUUGUUUAGUCGUGUCCGACUCUUCGUGACCCCCUGGACCAGAGCACGCCAGGCACUCCUGUCUUCCACUGCCUCCCGCAGUUUGGUCAAACUCAUGCUGGUAGCUUCAAGAACACUGUCCAACCAUCUCGUCCUCUGUCGUCCCCUUCUCCUUGUGCCCUCAAUCUUUCCCAACAUCAGGAUCUUUUCCAGGGAGUCUUCUCUUCUCAUGAGGUGGCCAAAGUCUUGGAGCCUCAGCUUCAGGAUCUGUCCCUCCAGUGAGCACUCAGGGCUAAUUUCCUUAAGAAUGGAUGUGUUUGAUCUUCUUGCAGUCCAUGGGACUCUCAAGAGUCUCCUCCAGCACCAUAAUUCAAAAGCAUCAAUUCUUCGGCCAUCAGCCUUCUUUCUUCCUGCUCCAGGUGGAUCACGUUUGGUCAAAACUCUCCACUAUGACCUGUCCAUCUUGGGUGGCCCUGCACAGCAUAGCUCAUAGCUUCUCCGAGUUAUUCAAGCCCCUUCGCCACAGCAAGGCAGUGAUCCAUGAAGGGGCUAAGGAGCAUAGUAGAAGCUAAUUCCAUCUUUGGAAAUAAUAUUUCUAAACUCACUAGAACGUUGAUGUGUACUGGUGAUUGAUUAGGGGCAGAUCCACACAAAUCAUUUAGAGCACACCCAAAACACAUUUAUUGUAAAUAAAUUUUUAUUGAUUUUCACAAUUGAAUUCCACAUUUAAUCACAAUAGUACUUCCCCCCCCACCCCCAAAUUCACAAAUACCUUUUUCAAAACCUUGUCUUUGAGGUUCUUUAAACCUCAUUACUUCCCUCCAUUCCCUCUUCUUGGUUCUUUAUAUAGACAAAAUUAUUCUGCAUUUCCAUAUUCAUGCUUAACCAAUUAUUAUUCUCUUAAUUUAUCCAAAUUUCUACUGAUUGCAAGUGUUUAGUCAAGGCCUAUUGAUGUUUCAACCUACUUGCAAUACCCUGCAUUCGAACAAUAAACAUUUCCCAUUCUUUUUCCUAACUUUAGCAUACUCCAACUUUCCCAUCAGCAGACAGUAUCCAUAAGUUUUAUAAAGAAAGAUUUAGUAACCUUUUCACUUACAAAUUGUUUCCAUGCAGUGAUAGUUACUAAUAAGACGGGAAUGGACUUUUGACGCCAAAUUCCGCCUAAUUAAUUAAUUCCGAAAGUAAAUCUUUACCUUUCCACUGGCCUGGUAGUAAUUUUUGGAAGAUCUCUGCUUCAGGCUUGAGCUGAGGCUUCGCUCCCGCAGAGUUGUGAUACUGCCAUGACCGCAGGCUCGAUCGCUGCUUCCUCCCCCCUCCCCAUACUUUCCAGCACAAAAGGAGUUUGGGGGUUGCAGGAGAGCCCUUUUGCAGGCUGCUGGACCUCUCAACACCCUGAGCACCAUCUCGGGGCUUUUUGGGGGGUGCGCCUCACCUUGGCGCUUCCCCGUUUCUCCGCUGGGCUCGAGUCCAUCAGACGAUCAGACUCACGCUCCUUUCCACCAUCUGCAGAAACCGGAAGUGCGCCCACAAUUCCCAGAGUUCCUGCUCUGAGGCAAGAGGACUUCUGCAAAAUCUAGUGUAAGAUUAUAGUGUAUUCUGAUCAAGGAAUUCAAUUUCUGUUGCCUUCCACAGAUAAGGAAGAGGGAACUUUUUGGGGCAUUCUUCCCAGAUUUAUACCUUUUCACAAGAACACAUUCUUUGCAGUGUAUUUUGGGAUAGAUUCACAGCCUCUAUUGUGAUGUUUUCUUGCCAGAUGUGGUCAUGUGCUUUGCCCAGUAAGACUUGGAAACCUGUUGGUGUUCCUCUCUUUUGCUCUCCUUCUCUGUUCAGUUCCUGCCAAAGAACUGCUAGAUGGGAUGAUAGAGCAGAUUCCCACCUUUAAGGGGGUGAAGUUCAGUGAUAAAGAUCUCCUGGAUUUUGGGCAGUGUGUGAAGAAAAAUGAUAGAGGCCAGUUUGUACUUCUGUAUGGUGUGGAUGAGGUAAGGCAUUUCUACAUUAAUAACUCUGGUCUAUUAGAAUGGCACGAUGGCUUCCUAAAGCGAUGUAACCAAGUAGUGCUUUUUGUGCUACUGGGGACAUCUUCUGCCUACCAAAGAGCUGCCGUGAUCACUUGUUUUUUAUGUAAUUUUAAAAAUUAAUUUUCCAUUUUUCAAAACAAUAUUAUAACAUCGUAUCACCUUUUACAAAUUUUUAGCUCUUCUGAGCUUUUGACUUCGCUCCGCUCCGUCAUCUGGUUUUUAUCAAACACAACGGCACAUUUAUACCGUCUAACUUCUACAUUUAACUUAAAUUAUUUAGAACUUAAAACACAAGUAGAAAGUUUCUGCUUUUAAACAUUGUGAACUUUGCUGCAGUCCUGCUAGUGUUUUUAUAUGUUUACAAUGAUUGCCUAUGUAUUCAAUAAAUUUACUCCAUUCCCCCUGGAACACUUGGUCACUCUGGUUAUGGAUUUUCCCCGUCAGCUUUGCCAAUUCUGCAUAGUCCAUCACCUUCAUCUGCCAUUCCUCUAUUGUCGGUAUUCUUUCUGUUUCCACUUUUAGGCUAAUAAAGUUCUAGCUGCUGUAGUGGCAAACAUGAACAAUUUCUGGUUAGCUUUUGAUAUUUCCACUCCGGUCAUCCCCAACAGGAAUGCCUCUGGUUUUUUAGGGGCCAUGAUCACUUUUUGAAUACUGUCUUCCCAGCGAUAAGUUGUUCUACUGUUUUCUUAAGGAAAUAAAAGAUGUAUUUUUUGUCUUUCCCUAACCAGCAACUCCUGGCUGCACUCGCUAUGGGAGCGACUGGGGCAGUUGGAAGGUCAGUCUCUCUUUCACAGCACAAACCUAUGUCUACUCAGAAGUAAAUCCUAUUGAAUUCAGUAGGACUUACUCCCAGGUAAGGAGGGUUAGGCUAGCAGCCUCAGUCAUCUUUAUAUGAAUGAGAAAGUAUGAGUUCCAAUGCCAUGUCUUUUGAAGCAAAGAGGAUCAUUUUGCAGUUCAUUUUUCUGGCUGCUUUUAGCCCUGCACCAGCUUUUGUUUAUACAGCUGAGUGAUGAGUAAGAAAACUUUCAUGUCUGAAACAGUUUUCUUCUUUUUAUUGGUAUAGCUCAGAGCUUCUCAAACUUAUUUGGCCUACUGCUUCCUUUUCAGAAAAGAAACUCAGUGCCCCCCCCCCAGGAAAUGAACAAACAGAAAGAUUCUGUGACAAAUUUGCAUUCUUUCAUGUAUCUAUAUUUCUACAUAUGUCCUACAACAUAGUAAAGAAAGAUGUUGUAUAUAAAACACCUUAUUCACAACAGAUGAAACAUGUGGCUUUUCAAAACUGGACAAGGAGGUGGACUAGUCACUGGGAUUAAAGGGAGUGGCUCAGUCCAAUCGACCUCAGGGGCGGGGCUGGUGCAGCUGCCUGCCUGCCAUUGGCCAAAUAGGGAGGCCAGCUGCGAUCAGGUGAGCCAAAAAGGUUCACCCAAGCCUGGGAAAACGCACCACCUCCAGGAUGACUGCCAUCUGGGGAGGCAUUGCUGCCAUCCUGCAACGGGGCCCGACCUGGCGGGAAGCAUCAUUACACAAUAGAUGAAACAUGUACAAAUGGUUUUUCAAAAUUUUAUUCUCUUCCACCGCCCCCUUAUUUUUAUUCAAUGCCCCCAGUUGCACCUGAGGCUACUACUGUCCCCCGCCAGAUCAUUCCAGUGCCCCCCAGGGAGCGGUACUGCCCACUUUGGGAAACACCUGUCUAGCUUUUUGCCUGCAAAUUCUUAUUAUCUGCACCUUCUGCCCUCUCCUGCUGACCAGUAUUGUGGCUAAGGGUCCAUUCAUAUUCAGCAUGCUAACGCGUUGGUUGAUUACUCUCAACCAAUUAUGUUUUGCACCCUGCUUGAGUGUUUUCGCCUGGCAGGGAGGGUGUCCUUGAACUCUGAUCACGUCUCUUCCUUCCCUGGAUGAAGAAGGAUAGGAAGAAAGCAGCCUCUUGUGCAAGUGUUGCAUUUCUUGCCUUUGGCCCUGGACACCACUGUCUUGUGGCCCCUGGAAACUUGUCUAGAGGGGAAUGUGGCUCUGAGUCUGAAAAAGUUCCUUGCCCCAUUUAGAAUGGGAACCACAGAGGGCACACUCUGUGCAAGAGCAUCUCCCCUCCCCCACUUUCUCCCUUUUAAUAGCUUAUUACACAUGACACUGACCUAAUGGUCAGGGGUCCCUUUACCUUUACACGUGACAUGCUACUUUGUGCAGGAGCAACUCCCAGUUUUGCACUGGAAGGAUACCUUCAGAUUUGCUAUUCUGCUCGAUCGAUUCUAGUUAUGGCGGCACAUAUUAAUACUAACUCUGCCUUUGCUCUGUUGGCUUUUGUUUUUGUACAGCACCUAUAACUAUCUGGGCAAGGCAAAUAACUCAAUGCUGGAAGCUUUUGCCAAGGGAGACCUCUCCUUGGCACAAAAAUAUCAGGUAUGAUAUUUCUAACUGAAGCUGAUGACAGUGGAUGAUAGUAUGAUAACAGAUUCCUCCUUCCUUUUGUAUACGGGUAACUCCUAACUUACACUGGCAGCCCAGGACCUCCAUAGCCACUGCCCAGGCUUGCACCCCAGAGAGGUCACCUGGGUGCUGCUAACGCAGCCGUUUGACUUCACCCCUGGAGGUGUACUCCAUUGUCUCUUGAGACAGAUGAAUGCCAUCAACUCUAUUCAGCUUUACGCACUUAGCCAAAAAAUUAAGGGGGAUGGCAACCCCACCCACCAUUUAACCCAUUGUGUUUUGACUAUACACGAUUUUGGCAUUAUGCUCUAUCCCCGGAGUAUAACACACACACACCCGUAAGUUGUACGGUACAGAUAACACACACUAAAAGUAGUGUGCCUCUUCCCCUUACCCUUCACUCAGCUUGGGACAAUGGGCAAAUGGGAACAGGUUUCUUGACAUGUAUCACUUGCUGAAUGAGGAGCACCUGUCCUGUAUUUGCAGACAGUUGGCGUGGGACCCAUAUGACCUAGCUGGCACUCUGCCAAAAAUGUAAAUAAACACUUUCAUUGCACCCACCUCAGAUCCUGUGUGCACUUCCCUUCCCAAUCCUUCAUUGUUCCCUCUCCCCUAAUUAACCUGAUAACACUAUGUAUACCACCUCCAGUUGCCCUACACCUUUUUUAUUACCUAUAAUAAAAUUAAUAAACUUAUUUUCUGUCUCUUAGUGCAGUACCCAGGAAGUAAUCAGCUUUUUCAUGGCACAGGGUAGGUACCACAGUAGACCGAAUCCUUUUCUGCCCAUCAGACAUGGUUUAUCCAACGUGCUUGAAUGCUUCUGAAUUUCCUUUUUUUAAAAAAGCUUUUAUUGCCCAAGAAGCGCAGAUACGUUCUGAAAGACUCCAUUUAACUUUCUCUCUCUCCAUUUUUCCUUUGCAAAUUGCCCCUUGCACUUUCUUCAAAUGCAGCUUUUCUCAUGGGAGUAGCCAGGAUUUUUGUUAGGAGGGGGCAGAACCUCAGAUUUGUAUUGGUUUUUAUUGAUUUUUAUUGAUUUGGGGGGAUAGCUUCCUCUGGCCCUCCUUGGCUACGCCCCUGGGUUUUCUCCUACUGCUUUGAUUUUCAGACCUUGAUUUCUUUUCCAAAUACAUUUCUUUAAAAAUAUAUAACAUUACUGUAAGAUUAUAGUAACAAAUUAUUUGCACUCAAGUGCUUACACUAAAGUGCAUGUACUCUAUGCUAACCAUCUAGCAGCUUGUACAUUUGAACUGUGCCUCAGAUUUCAUCUGUAGAUAUUCCAUUGUGUAUCUAUUUGUAAUAUUAUCUUGUUCGCUGCCAUAGCAUUUAGCCAGAUUCCCCAAAUGUUUAGCAACAGUAACGCUCCAUGUCAGGCAGUAAAUGCAUGUCACGUGUGGUAUAAUCAGCCCUAGAAUUUUGAGAGCUCAUAUGACAUUGUCAUGUUGAAUCAGUAAGUUCCCACGUGGAAUCUCACCUCUGCACUGAGCUUACUGGGAAGCCUUUAGGCAGGCCAGUCUUUCAAGCCUUCUGCUGCCCCAGCUGCAAUAUGAAGACAUCACAUUGGGCAAAAGAUUCCUGCAUUGCAGGGGAUUGCACUUGAUGACCCUUGUGGUGCCUUCCAACUCUAAAUUCUAUGAGUUGGUUGUUCUUUUGUCUGACUUGCAGGGCUAUAGUAAGAAUUAAAGGUAAAGGGACCCCUGACCAUUAGGUCCAGUUGUGGCUGACUCUGGGGUUGCGGCGCUCAUCUCGCUUUACUGGCCGAGGGAGCCGGCGUACAGCUUCCGGGUCAUGUGGCCAGCAUGACUAAGCUGCUUCUGGCGAACCAGAGCAGUGCACGGAAACGCCGUUUACCUUCCCGCCGGAGCGGUACCUAUUUAUCUACUUGCACUCUGACGUGCUUUUGAACUGCUAGGUGGGCAGGAGCUGGGACCGAGCAACGGGAGCUCACCCCGUUGCGGGGAUUCGAACCGCUGACCUUCUGAUAGGCAAGUCCUAGGCUCUGUGGUUUAACCCACAGCGCCACCCCCGUCCCUUAUAGUAAGAAUUACAACAAACUAAAAGCUUAGAACACUGGAAAACCCAAUAAAUCUGAUUACAAUAUUAUGUUUUAACUUUUCUGUCAAAAACAUUCAAUAAUUAAAGGUUGGGGACUAGUCAGUUGGCUAAAAGGUUGGGGGCAAGGGCCAGACUUCCUGAGAGGCAGUAAAUCAUAGGGUUUCUCUCCCCCUGCUCUUUUAUGAAAAGAAAUUAUUUUAGUCACAUCCCCACUAUACAUUGUAAAGCACUCUUGUAACAGUUGUGGCUUUCCCUCAAAAUCUUGGGAACUGUCGUUUAAGGGUACUAGUCUCACAUAGCUACAAUUCCCAGCACCCUUAACAAACUACAGUUCCUAAGAUUGUCCAUGACUUUUGAAUUGGUAUGGGUGCUUUAAAUGUAUGGUGUGGCUGUGACCUCCAUCAUCGACUAUAGAGUGGGGCAGAAACUUUGUUGUGGAAUGAUUUGUGUCCUUUUUUCUUCUGGCUAGGCUUUGGCGUUGCAGAGACCAAAGCAAUCGUGACUCUGCUUUCAGGGAUACCCAUGGGUCCCCACGACUUCCACUCUCAAGUGCCUCUGAGGAGUUCAUUGCCAGUGUCAAACCCAAAUUGGAGAGCCUGA